AUGAAGUUGAGCUCGGUGUAUAUGCUGGGUCUGGCGGCCUCGGCGACGGCGAUGCCCUCGGCCCAGCCGCGCUACGUUGUCCACGAGAAACGCGAUGGUGCUGCGAAGAGCAAAUUCGUUAGACGCGAUGCCGUGCCGUCUAAUGGCAGCAUUCAGGUUCGAAUGGCGCUGAAACAGCGUAACUUGGAAAACGGAAUGGAAUACCUCAUGGACGUCUCCGAUCCUGAUUCCCCAAACUAUGGCAAACAUUACACCGCCGAGCAGGUUGUCGACCUGUUCAAGCCGGCUGACGAGUCGGUGGCUGCCGUGAAGCGAUGGCUCGCCCAGUCGGGCAUCGCCCACGACUCCCUCGUCGUGCCCAAGAGCCAAGGAUCCGUCUACUUUUCCACCACGAUCGACAAGCUGGAGGACCUCCUCCAGACAAAGUACCACGUGUACCGCCACGCGAGGAGCGACGACGUGGAGCACAUUGGCACCGACGAGUACAGCCUGCCCCAUGACAUCUCCGACGUCGUCGACUUUGUCGUUCCCGGCACGGCGAUGCUACGAAAGCGCACCGAGGGUGGCGAGAAGAAAAUUUCCGCUCGUCGCAGGGCCGUGGAAAAGGCCACCGCCGCCGCGCCGCCCAGCUGGACGGACAAGCAAGGAAACCGCAAGAAGUGCUCCGAGGUGGUGACGCCCGAGUGCAUCCGCGCCAUGUACAACGUCCCGCGGGGCACCCUCGCGCAUCCGAGCAACAAGAUGGGCAUCUACGAGUCCGAAAACCAAAAGUACGCCCAAGCCGACCUGGACGACUUCUUCACGCUCGUGGCGCCCGAGAUCCCCAACGGCACGCACCCGGUCAUCAACAUCAUCGGGCACGACCGCGCCGAGGGCACGCGCGAGGAGGCCGGCGCCGAGUCGACGCUCGACUUCCAGAUGGCCUACCCGCUCAUCUGGCCGCAGCAGAUUGUCGACUUCCAGACCGAAUACGACGAGGCGCACCCCCAUAACUACUUUGACUUCUUUUUAGAUGCGAUUGAUGGGAGUUACUGCGAGUACGAGGGCGGCGACGACCCGGAGGUGGACGGCGUGCCGUCGGUGCGCCAGUGCGGCGUGUUUGAGAGGACGAACGUGAUUAGCAUCUCGUAUGGCUUCCCGGAGAAGGACUAUCCUCUCAAGUACCAAAAGCGCCAAUGUGACGAGUUCAUGAAGCUGGGCCUGCAGGGCACCUCGCUGUUCCUGGCCAGCGGCGACCGCGGCGUCGCGGAGGAGGGGUGUCUGGGCGAGAAUGGAGACGUCUUCACGGCGGACCAGGCGUCGUCCUGCCCGUACAUGACCUCGGUCGGGUCCACGUCGAUUAUCCCCGGCGGUGAGGCGGGCGACGAGGAGAUGGUGACCAAGUGGUUCCCUCCCGGCGGCGGCUUCUCCAACAUCUUUCCCCGGCCCGAGUACCAGAAGCACGCCGUCAACCGGUACUUUGAAUCGCACGACCCCGGCUACGCCAACUACAGUACCACCGACCUCAAGAUCCCGUACGAGACCGGCGGCCUGUACAACGGCGCCGGCCGCGGCUACCCGGACAUCGCGGCCGCCGGCGACUUUGGCCUUGUGGUCUACCAGGGCAAGUUCCGGUACGAGGGCGGCACGUCGAUGAGCGCGCCGAUCGUAGGCGCCCUGGUCAACCUGAUCAACGAGGAGCGCAUCAAGGCUGGCAAGGGCCCGGUCGGCUUCGUCAACCCGACGCUGUACAAGCACGAGGAGAUGUUCCACGACGUGGUCAAGGGCGGCAUGUACACGGGGGGUGGCGUUUGUAACGGCAAGGGGUUCAACGCGACGCGCGGCUGGGACCCGACGACGGGCAUGGGGACGCCGCGGUUCGACAAGAUGAUGGAGGUUUUCAUGAGCCUCGCGUAG